AUGUCCAGUAACAAAGGCCGUCAACCGGUACACCAAGGAACUGAACGUGGUAACGUUUCUUGCCUGCAUUUCGACUAUGAAGGAGUCAAAGUAGCUACGAAAGGAUUUAACAAGACCAAUAAAUUGGGCGAAGGUGGGUUUGGUCCUGUAUUCAGAGGAGAACUACUUUCUACUGAUGUAGCUAUUAAAGUACUGCGUAGGACAAAACCAGGCGAUAAAGGAGCAUCUGAUUUAGCCGAUGAGCAGUUUGAUGCUGAAAUCCAAAUACUUUCAAAGUUUCGUCAUCCAAAUCUUGUGACAUUACUUGGUUAUUCAAAUGAUCCAGGUUUACCAAGGUGUCUCAUUUAUGAGUUUAUGGUCAAUGGAACGUUAGAAGAUGCACUGGAUUUUGGA